GUCAUCACUUCGCGCGUUUUCAUUUCAAAUCGGCAUGAGAAGCAUGGCUACGACUGGUGCAAAUAUCGUUCAAAAUGUGUCCUCCUUGUCAAAAUUGCAGUCUUUGAAUGGAAUAUUUGCCAUUUAUAAAAAAUGCGGACCAACAUCUGCCGAUGUGUUAAACUCUUUGAAAGAGAAACUCUUGAAAGAGGCUGGGGUGUCAAAUCCCAAUCCCCGUAAGAGGAAAAAACAAGCCGUGAAAAUCGGUCAUGGUGGCACUCUGGAUAGCGCGGCCUCUGGUGUUCUCGUUGUUGGGAUAGGAGAAGGCACAAAGAUGCUAACCACCAUGCUUGCAGGUUCAAAGAAAUACAGAGCGGUGGGAGAGUUGGGAAAAGCCACAGACACACUUGAUGCCAUUGGCGCUGUAGUGCACGAGAAGAGCUAUGAGCAUGUGACCCGUGAGGCCCUGGAGGAGCAUCUGCAGAAGUUCACCGGAGACAUCAUGCAGGUCCCUCCUCUCUACUCGGCUCUGAAGAAGGAUGGCAAGCGUCUGUCUGUGCUACUAAAACAGGGUCAGGAGGUGGAGGCCAAGCCUGCCCGGCCUGUCACCGUCUACAACCUCACAGUCACAGACUUCAGCCCGCCACUCUUCACCCUGGACAUAGAAUGUGGUGGCGGUUUCUACGUCAGAAGCUUGGUGGAUGACCUUGGAAAAGCCCUGUCGUCCUGUGCCCACGUGCGUGAGCUGGUGCGGACCAAGCAGGGCCAGUUCACCCUGGACGAGCACGCACUGAAGGAGGAGCAGUGGACCCUGCAGCACAUCAGCACUGCCCUGCAGGCCUGUCCCCCAACUGCAAAGCCCCAGCCUGCGCAAAACAGAAAUGCAAAGCACAACAACAAACCUCUGCCCCAGCCCAGCACCCCAGAGCAGGCAAAAGAUGGAGCUGAUGGAGCCAAUAGCAGGGACUGAUCAGCAGGGGGAGCUCCAGAGUCUGUCACGCACUCUGUCAGCAGGCCUGAGGCAUUCUGAGGUGGUGGUGGCGGAGGGUGGUUGUUUUGCCGGCUGCACUGACUUGCUCUGACUGUGGUGGUCUCCACCCUAAGCGUGACCUUUUGAGUUCAUUUAGGUCGUCUGCAGUAUUCCCAACUGUACGAGGCAGCUACAAGGAGCCCUCAAAGUUAUUUGGGUCCAAAAAUCAGAUAUGUUUGAGGCUAAAGUUUUUGUUGAAUGUUAAGCGAGUGAUAGAACUCUUAAGUUAAAAAAAUACUUUUUUCGGCAGCCAGUAACGGCUAAUUCAGCAGCACGUCGACACUGAUGCAAUCUUUUUUUUUCUCUCUAAGUAAUUGUAUAAUAUUAUUAUGCUUGUGUCAGAUUGAUCAGCUUCCUCAUGCUACCUCUUCCUCCUCUCCCAUCAGAUGAACGUGGCUAAAACCCGCCACAGUUUAGUGUGUCCGUAGAGAGGGACAGUAGCAGUGGCCGUGCUGUGAUGUGGGAAGGGAUGAUAUUGGCCAGGGCCUGCUCUCAUCAGACCUGCGCUAAGCCACCGCAGGGUUUGGACACGCGGAUGGUUGUAGUAUUAGCGCCGAUAAUCUGCCUCUCUCUCUCGGCCGCUAGUCAGAGCUCCCUAAAGCAGCAAUCACUUUUUUUCCCCGUCCCUCCCUCCACCAACCCUUUCCCAUGUAAGCGGCAAGCUCUAGGCACACAUGCAAGACUUAGAUGAUUAUUUUCAUGCCCAAGCUCCCAGCUGGCGUCAUGAUGUCACGAUUAUGUAAGAAGAGUAGAAACGAUGUUGAUGUUUCUUUUCAGGUUGUUUUUAUUUCUCUGUGUGUGUGUGUGUGAGAAGGAUUGAGAGAUGUCCAAAAUGUCAAGACAUUUUUUUUGAAGUGUUACGGUCUAAAAAAAAAAAAAAGCAAGAACAAGAAAUCAAAUGUACGUGAUGGGAAUUUCAAGGAAUGUUGUUGAAUAUGCGAUCUGGUGCGUCCAUGGGAAUGAAAACAAACCAAUGCUGACCUCUGCAUGAUUAAUUCCCUCUGUGGUCGCCACAAAAUAUAAAUAAACAUUUGCUUUCACUUCUAAUUACAAAGCCUCUCGUUAAUGUGUAGAUUGUGGGAAAAAAAUGCAAAUUAUGUAAACUCAGCACUGUAUCUCCAGCAUAUAUUUUCAUAAUAUCAUAUUACUGGUAAUGUUUAUGCAGGAAUUGGCAUUCGUCCCCAUCAUAUGCAUACAAAUUGCUUCGCGGUCCCCUAGACACGAAUGAGGAAUUGACUGACAGGUCUGGCUUGCCUUAAGUGAGUUGGGGUUGAUGCAGGUGAGUAAGUGAGUGAUGGUGUAGGUGGUGGUACUGGUUCCUGCGGCUGUUGGAGCAGACGGAUGCUGGGGCCGGCUGCUGCCCCUCUCUCUCUCUCUCUGGCGGGCUAAUCCCCGUCACCCGGGCGCUAAUGGGAUCACCGUCAAAUCUCCCCGGCCCUCAGAUUACUCCGGCUGACUCAUGCUUUUAACGGGCAUUAGUCAUAAUAAACACUGGGGGGAAAACACAGAGGAGGGUCUUGCACCCCCUAACCCCCCCCACCCACCCACCCACCAGCAGCAGGAGCACCAGGGAGGCCAAAUGGCACAACGCUUAACAGCUCCUCAACUUCCCAGAUAUUUCACCAAGAUUUUCCCCACAUGUGAAAGCCUUCCAUCUAUUUGUUACACAAGCCGUAGUGGUGGUGAAGUUCCUUACGGACUGGUUUGAAGUCUGCUGACAUUGUCUGAAUCCCGAUCUCAUCCCUCAGCCCUAAGUCCUGAACCAACGAAGACUUAACUGACAUCCGUCGUAAGUGAUGAAGUUUGCGAGAGUGUAAGGGUUCAAAAUGCUAAUAAUAGGGAUGGAACAGCACCUGUGACCUAUCAUUAAAUUAAACAAAAUAAAACACGUUUCUGUUUUAUGGCA